AUGGCACGUAGUCGCAGUCAAUCUCCCGUUCGUUCUCGUCGUCACGGCGGCUCGUCCUCAUCUCGUCGUGGUCAUCAUGACUCAUCAUCUCGUCGUAAUCAACAUCACGAUGUUCUUCCCGCGUCUUCCGAAAAGAAGGAGAUAACACUAAGUAUUGAGGAAACAAAUGAAUUACGUCGUUCCUUGGGAUUAAAACCACUUGUUCUCGGUCUCUCAAAGAAAGAACAAGCAAUUGUAAAUGUUCAAACAACAUUGAAACAAUAUGAAAUGGAACGAGAGCAAAAGGAGAUACAAAGGAAGGUACAGCACUCGAAAACUCGACGUGAAUUAACCCAAAAACUUCAGGGUGAAUCACUUGGAGAACAAUUACAAGCGACAUGGAAAGCUCAAAAUUCGGGUGAAACUCCACUUCAUGAUGCUUUAAAGUGGGUGAAAGAGUCUCGGAAGCGAGAAAAGAAGGAAAAAGCAAGUGAAAGUGUUGAAAAGGAACGAUAUGAUGCUCAAGCAUUAGCUGGAAUGACUGUUGGCCAUGCUAUGGAUGAAUUUCAAGAUGGAAAAGAUGUGAUUUUAACAUUAAAAGAUCAAGAAAUAUUAGAAGAUGGCAAAGAAUUAAAUGAACACGAUGAUGUGUUAGUAAAUGUUGAAAUGAGUGAGAGAGAGCGACGAAAAGAUCGUGAAGAGCGAACAAAACGUGCAGCUUUACCAGUUUAUUCUGCAUAUGAUGAUGAAGAAUUUCUUGAAGUGAAUAGUAGACGAAAGAGGAAGAUUACAAAGAUUUUAACACAAUAUGAUGAAGAUGAAGAAGCGCGAGAAGUUGAAGCAAGUCGAAAGUUUCAAUUAAAUGCAUUUGGAGAGUCACAAAGUGUUGUGAAGGAAAAUAUACCGGAAGAGAAUGAAGUGGCUGUGAUUUCAUUAUCGAUGAAUCGAAUGAAACGAGUUGAAGACUAUUAUACGAAAGAUGAAAUGGCAACACAGUUUGCAAAACGUUCCAAAAGUAUUAAAAAACGAAAGAAAAAAACGUUGCGUCGUCAUAAAACAGUGUUGGAUGAUGACAUGGAAGUUUUAUUGAAAGAGAAAGAUGAUGACGAGAUUGAAAGUCGUGAUUUGGUGGCGCAAUUGGAAUCUGAAGCCAUGAAGACGAAUCUCAUUGGAUCGAAUGAUCGUGGAAAACGAAAACAAAAUGAUAAGAAAGAUGAGGUGGAUGUGGAUAAACUACAACGAUUUCAAGAUGCACGUGAGAAAGCGAAUGCAGUAGCAGCUGAAGCAUUAGCUGCUAAUUCGAAAUCAAGUCAAAAGCUUAAACGACGUCGAAUGGAUGAAAAUGAAUUGAUGGAUGAUGCUAUGGAAAUGGAACGAGAACUUGGUGCGUCACUUGCUCGUGUUCGACAAUUGACAAAAGAGAAAGUAAAACCUGUAGUUCUUACAAGUGAAGAACGAAUUGCAGAGCUUGUUAGUCAAAGAAUUUGUCACGAAGAAAACCGAGUGUCAUCUCUUAACACUUCCGACAAUACACUUGAUGGUAGUGAACACAAACAAAUUGGUCAAGUGUUUGGUGGUGGGAAUCUUACAGAAAAUGCUGUUGUAUUUAACGAAGCCACGGACUUUGAAACACGUUUACGUGAUGCAAUGGAAAAGCGUGCAGCUCAAUUCCAAGCUGAAGCCGAGAAGUCGAUGAGUUUCAAUGGAUCAAAUAUUGAAACACGUCAAAAGGGUCAAAGUGAAAAGCCAAAAGAAAGUGAUGAUGAGGACGAGGAGAGAAAAGAGAAUGAAGUAUGGGGAGAAGAAGAACCAUUGGUUGGAGCAGGAAUGGCUGCAACGUUAGCACUUCUUCGUCAAACUGGUGAUUUAAAACAAACACGAAUUGAACGACAAGCUGGUCGAGCUAAUGAUGUACGAGAUCGUACAUUUGAUGCUGAUUUACGAAUAAAAAAUGGUGUAAAACUUGACUAUCGCGAUGAAUUUGGACGUUUAUUAACGAAAAAAGAAGCUUUUCGAAUGCUUUCGUAUAAAUUUCAUGGUCAUGAACCAGGCAAGAGAAAGAAAGAAAAGCGAUUGCGACAAUACUUGAAAAGAAACAACAACAUACGAAAGAAGCACAUGUGGUUCUUUCGAGUGGAGUGUAAACAAAAUCGAUUGAUUCUUGUGCAACUACAACAGAAAGAAACGCAGUGUUUGUACUUGAUGAAAUGCUGUGAUCAGUAUGUAAUCGAUUGGCAAAUGAAGUGGAUGGUUCUGCUGCUUUUGGCGUUGAGACGACAAAGAUUUGGAGGACCGAAAGUUUGGACUUGUUGA